AAAUGUCUACCCCCAUUAAAAAUCUGUGUCUGUCAAAUGAAGAAAAAUUUAUACGAUACGCGUAAAAUGUAGAGAAAAUUUUAAGGAAAAUUUAUUAUUUCUAACGAAAAAUUACUAGAAAAAUGUGUAAUAAAAUAAAAAUAACGUUGAACUUUAAUCUAGUGUUUAAAAAAUCAAUAAAUUAAAAUGAAUAAAGUGUUUAAUUUGUAAAUAAAUGAUUACAUGACCCAACCCUAAAACAACCUAAACUGGUAAAAAUCGAAGUCACAACAAAGAAAAAAAAAAAAUAAAAUAAAGCAAAACGAGAAAACGAAGAAAAUAAUUAAAUUUUCCAGCGAAAAAAUAUAUAAAUCAAUGUUAAAAGUGCAAUAAUAUAUAUAUAUGAAAUAAAUAAAUUAAAUAUAAAAAACAACACAAUGGAUCUAAAAGAAGAUGGCAGAAGUGAUUUCGGGGAUAGUAUUGGUUUCCCGGAAGGAACAUAUAAUACAACUGGUGGCAUACCCUUGGAAAAUAUGAAAAUCGAUGCGCCCAUGAUAUGGUUGCUUUGCUCUCUCCUAACAUCGAUAACAUGGGUAACCUAUAUAACAUUCUACAAUUCCCGUUUGAUUGGUAUGCUAAUAACAAAAAUAGCUAAUCGUUGGUUCAUCAAAGGAGCAUAUUUUAAAAUUGGUUCUGUAGCCUUAAAUCCUUUAGCUGGUAAAAUAAUGUUUCGUGAUUUUGUCUAUAUAACCUAUGAUUAUUCGGCACGUAUACAAGAUGGUUAUUUUAUAUUUCGUUGGUGGCGGUCAUAUGUGCCAAAAGAUGUAUCAGAAGAUCUGUCACAUUCGGAUACAAGAUUAUCUGUACAAUUAAAUGGUUCUGAAUUGCAUAUUUAUAAUCGUUCUGAUUUAUAUGAUGAAUUAGAAAGAACAUUUGGCUUAAAGCCUUCUCUACUAAUACCGACCGAUUCCCUGUCAACCGAAGAACGUUCAAAACUAAAAGAACAUACUAUGAAUAUGGAAAAUGCUCGUCAUAGCAAGCAUCAAAGUGUUAAACAUUCCGAAGCUAUGAAAGCCACAACAUGGCGUGAUCUCAUACCUGUGAUUAAACUUGAUAUCUGCUCAGGACGUUUUGUCUUUGGCAAUCGUCUAACACCUACCACUCUUUCCAUAUCGAUGGAAGAAGCUCACUGUACGUAUAGUACAAAGCCUGCCGUUUGUCGUCUAGAUCAUUUUAUGCAUUUUGUCAAGGCCAAUGUGGAAAAUGCCAAAGUUAUGUUUGCUCCCAGUCCCAAGUAUACGGGGCUGGUUGAUGAACCACCCCGUUAUAUGGGUGAAGGUUUUGUGGUCAUGAUGUCAAAUCAAAUGGAUUUAUAUUUUUAUAUGGAUGAACCGGGUGUAGUGCCGGAGGAACCUGUACAUAUAAUUUUAGCCAAUGGUGAUAAGGUUGAACCUUUGCCACCGGUAUUGGGUAUUGAUAUUAAGUGUCUGAAAGGCACUGAUUUUAGUUAUGGCCCCUGGGCGGAUAGACAAAGGGAUCAUUUGUUUAAUUUUUUCUAUCCACCCGACUGGAAAGAAAUGCAGGUUACGGCCACACCCAAACCGGGAGAAUUGCGGAGUUACCAAUCGUUUGAUGUUACUUUGUGUGUGUUAAAUGAAGCCACCAUUGAUAUAUUAUUCUCUAAAGAAAAAGAAACCAAUGCCAUGCAUAUAACAGUGGGUCCUGCCUCUUAUGUAGAGGUGACCAUACCCUGGGUGACGCUAUCAGAUGGUUAUACCUCUAAAAUACAAGGUCAACUCUUUCAUGUAGAGGCCACCACUUCAUUACAAUAUCGUAGUUUAGCAGAAUUCGAAUCGUUGGAGUAUAAGGUACGCAUACAUUAUCCCACAAAGUGGAAUGCACCUCAGGAUUGGAGCAUAGCGCUGACCGGUUGCAAAGCCACCGCCUAUAUUGUCUACAAACAUAAAUGUUUCUUUCAAGAUCUCAUAGAAGAUUGGGCUAGCAAAGCUAGACCCGAUAUUUUAACUUUUGUGCCAUAUACUUGUAAAUUUAAUAUUCUACUAAAUGAAUUUGAGAUCUUGACUUUGUGUAAUGAAUACAAUUGGAUUGAUUGCUCCAGCGCUAAUCAGGAAAAUAAUCAUUUGGCAUUUUGUGGUGAUGUAUUUGAUAUGAGCUUUGCUUUGCCGUUUGAUGAUUUUCUGCCUAAAACAGUGACUUUAAAGUUUUGGAUACAUGGAGAGGGUUUGGACUUGAGUUUAUAUGUACCAGAAGUGUCCUCGACUAAACCUAUUGUUUUGGCCAUAGAUGAAAAUGCUCGCCUGCUAACACGUGGUGGCAAAGUUAAAACUAGACCUGAGUUGUAUACCAAAAAAUGGCGUAAAAUUUGCCAAAGAACAUCCGGUUGGAUUGAUUGUUGGACUGUACCUAUUGUAGCUUUAUCCAUACAAUAUGUUUACCAUCCCGUACCACCCUUGGGACCAGAUCCUCAAGCUGAUAUAACAACACCUGAAAAAGAAGAAAUUUUGCUCAGUCCUAUGCGUAUACCGCAAACUCGUAAGUCUCCCAAUCAAAAUUGGCAAAAGCCAGAACAAUAUAAAUUUGAUCCUGCCACUUUGCCGGCAGAUCAUGUCACGGUAGAGCUAGAAAUCGGCUCUUCUGUACUCAUGUGUUAUGGUAAUGUUUUAAGGAAUUUCAUAAAUCUUAAGGAGAACAUAUUUGGUGAAGAUCAAAAUUUCACCGAUAUGGAACAAUCAAAUAUUAAAACAAAAGAUUCAUCUACUGCAGCGCCGGUCAAUCCCAAAGAUCAAUUACUAGUUAAAGACAAAGAUCUGGCUACAAAGUCCAUAUCUGAGGUGACCGUACCGGAGGAGAAACAAAAACCUUUCGAUCCUCGUUUAUAUAGACCACUGGAGGUUAUAGUAUCUGUUAUAAUACACGACAUACAGGCUCAUGUUAUGAAGAAUUGUAAUGAAAAUGAUCCACCCUGUCCGGUGGUGUUAAUAGAACGUUUAGGUUUUGAAAUGAAUAAACGUUAUCAUGAGACAACACUGCAGGUUUUAGUAAGUCCUUCGUAUUUAAUAACCUCGGAUACGGUGGUGAGACAAAAUCGUGAUAAACAUAUAAAUCAGGGCCAUCUAAUGCUGUCUGCUGUACAGGUUCGUGGUCAUGCUAUGUUCAGUAAUGAAGGUUGUGCUUUAGACGAAGACACGCUAGAAUACUCCUGGCUGGUAGAGGUACAAUUGGGUAAAUUAUCGGGAAAGCUAACAUUACCACAACUAUUUAAUGUGGCCGUUGGCCUAGAGACAUUAGUGCUUUUGGCAGUAGAUCCAGAAAAUUGUCUUAAAUCUCCGAAGACUGUACGCAAUUGUCAUCAUGGUGUGCCCAGUAAUCAAUGUCCUCAUACUAAAGAGGAGAAUAAAUACAAAUGUCCCUCGGCUGAAGAUAUUAAAUAUAAAAUGACUCGUGUUUCUGUGGAUGCAGUUGAUGUAUAUCUGAUAGAGAGUGGUACAGCUUUGCAUGCAUGGAUCUCUCCUAUACGUUUGGCUAAUUGCAAUCUCCAUGGUCAGCGUGUUAAAUCCGGUAUAUCCGGUUUAUUACCUUCAAUUUUAAUAAGACUGUUUAUGUUAAAUGCUGGUUGUACUUCAAAUAUGACAAAUUCUUAUAAUACAAAUACCACUGGUAGCAAUAGAUCGGGAAAAAUACGACGUGCAGAUCAAGAUUCUGUAAAAUCAGAAAUAUAUCAUAAUACACAUCAGCCUCCUCCUCCUCAUCAGGGUAAAUCGAAACGAAGCUCUAAUUCAUUCUCACAAAGAAGGGAUUCACGUGAAGAAAGUUCACGCAAAUUACGUGAUAGUUUUUCGGAAUGUCGUCGUCCUACGGCCUAUGACAAUGAAUUCUUUGAAAAUUGGGUAGAAGUAGGUUGUACAUCACUGGGUCCUAUACUUCUAGAGGGAGCCUCGGCAUUGCCAAUACCCGAUCAUAAAUUGCAUUUAGUGCAGCAUAAUUUUUUGCGUGAACAUGAUGUUAAAACUAAACGUUUGUGGUUUUUGUGGUCUAAUACUACUAAUGCCAAUGCUGUUGGAGGUGUUGUUGACAUAUCUCGCUGUGGUUGUAUUGGAGGCUGUGCCUUUUUUGGUAGUAAUCGCAAUGGCUUGAAAUUUUUCAAACCCUCUGCCCAAGAUUUGGUAGAUAAUUAUAAUAUAGCCAGAUAUUUCAUUAUUAAUAACAACAAAGAUUUUGGCUUUGGUGAGAGUAUUUUGCAUCAAGGACAAUUAGUUUUUCAUACACCACCUUAUAGUUUACACUCAGUAUAUCUACAUGAUUCAGCAGACUUUACAGGAAAGGGCAAACUAUAUCGUCCUGCUGUGGCUGUUAAUGGCAGUCUUAAGAAAUCUGAUUUAGCCGGCAAAGAACUCAAUACCAAAAUGAAAAUUGGUGGUGCAUCUACAUUGGAAAAGGAUAUUAAUGGCCGUAAAUCAAGAGAAAGUAUUGGUUCUCCUAAUACUCUGGAACGGCGCACCAAACGUUAUUCUACCACUCGUCAAACCUCAGUAGAAGUUCCUUAUGCUCGCCUCUUGGAUAGUCCUUCGAAAAAGGUUUUAAGACAAGAUUCCACUGAAUCUCAAGGUGUAGUCUAUCGUCGUGGCUCGGAUUCUAAUAAGUCACAAAAUAACACUUUACGUGUUUCACCGCCCAAAACUAGUAUCUCCGAUUCUCGUUUAACUGGUGAAGUUAAUGUAGAAGAUGAAUUAGAGAUACCCGAUGAAAUGUCCCAUUCGGCACCACAUUCUCAUCCUUUGGAAUUUGAAAUUGCCGAUAUAAAUAUACAAAAUCAAAUGCCUGUCGAUUUAACGAAUGGUGAUCAUUUGACGCGUGAAGUUCAACGUACUAUUUCACUAACAUCGGAAAAUCCCUCCGAAAUGUUUUUCUCCGCCGAAGAGGAUAUUUCGAAUAUGAUGUCUCAAAGGGGUUCAAUUAAGAAUCAUAAUGGUUCCAUUAUAUUUUCGGGCAAAAAACGUUUUUCAUCGGAUUUAAGCAUUGGCAAUCAAAAUGAAAACGCCACAUUAUCAUCUCUAAAUACCUAUCGCAGUGAUUUAGAAAUACAUGCUCCAGAGCCCAAUACAAAACCUUUGACUAAACGCCCGCAAAGUACUACAGAAUUGAACGAAGACGUCAGACGUAUUCAUGGUCUUGCUACACCAAUCAGAAAACUAACUAAUAUCUCAUCAAGACCUGAGUAUCGACAUUUUAUUCAUGAUGUCGACUCUAGAGGUUCUUCAUCUGGCACCCCUUCGUUAUCAUCGAAUUCUUUUAUUUCGGCUAUGUCCUCACAAGAAGAUGUCGCUUUAGUUAAUCUACAUCAGCAAGUGAAUAGACCUAUUAUCGAUUCUCCCCUACUAAUGGCCAGUUAUUUAAAUCAUCUGUCUCAAGUGAAAUGUUUCAAUUGGACUUCUUGUUCUUUUCCCUCGGGUUUGGAUGUCUUUUCCACGCCACUGUUUAGUGAAAAUGAAGAUGGUGGUCUAACCUAUAUAGGCAGUAAAAUGAUACCACACUUUGAUUUGUAUUCAUCGUGGCGUGAAAUAAAAGUAGUGCCGCGCUAUGAAAAUCAAACUGGUAGCAAUAGUUCGGCUACAUUUAUGGGAGGACCCAAAUCACAUCCUUGGGAUCCUAGUGUUCUUUUAAAAGAAGAGGAGAAUGACAAAACCACAAAUGGUUUUGAUGAUGGUGAAUUUAUGAGUUUACAAGCUGAGGGAGCCGCCUGUACCUCUGUGGUGGCUAGACUAAAGGGUCAGGUUAAUAUAUUUUUAACACCUUUAUUGCUAGAGGGUUUACAAAGAAUGGUUGAAGCUGCCAUACCUACAUUUUCGAAUAUGCAUUUAUUAACUGUGGUGAAUUACAUACACUCCUCUUGUAUAGCCAAAGUUAAGAAUGACAACAUUUUAAAAAGGGAUCAAUCUUUGAGUUAUUGGUCACAAGUGCAUUCUAACUCUAAACGUUCUACAACAGAACGUAAUUUAUUAGGGCCUGGCGAUUCUUUCUUAAGUGAUGUUUAUGAAGAAAGCAUAUCGACCAAGACCCAGGGUUUAAUUGUUUUACCCAAGGUCAGCAUAACCAUGUUACAAUCAUCCAUAAUCGAAGAGGUUAUUUCAGUGGCUGCCUUGGAUAAUGUGCAGGAUCUUAGUUGCGUGUCCUUACUGACAUUCUACAUAGAAGGUGUUUCCACUAAAUUUCAUUUGGGUAAAACGACCCGUGCCUCCAUGCAUAAUGUUUACAUACAACAGACAGUGCAGUCUGGCAAUAGCAAUAAAAAAGGAGGUAUAAUGAAGGGCACCAGAGCAUUACUGGCGCAUCUAUCUUCACAAUCUCGCCCUGAUAAUGUGCAAGGAGAACCUAUACUGAUCGAAACUUCUGAAAAACAACUUGAAGAAUUGGUAAUAACACUAGAUGUGGGUCGAGCUCAUGCUCAACUAAGACGUUUAAAAACUGAAAGCACCACAGGACAGGAAUCUCCUAUUAUGGUUACUGCUAUACCAGAACCUAAGAGUAAAGUUUUAUUUGAAUGCCUAAAAAUGACCGAUAAUACGGGAGUAGAUAGCAUUGGUUACAUAAUGUUUGAAUGUGGUUUAGAGGGAGUGGGUGUAAAGAUAGUUAAGCGAUCACAUUUUGAAAAAUCUGAAAAUUCCAAAGAAGAACUGGCUGAAAUGGCGGAAGAAGGUUUAAAUGAAUUGGUAGAAACAGCUACCACCACCGCUACCAAUAAUCCACAAAUAGAUGUUUCGGCCACCUCAAGAGCAGAGGCUGCCUGGCGAUUAUUAACUAAGAAACCGCCCACACCCAAAACUCCUAAAGAAAAAUUCCAGACUGCUUUGGAAAACAUCAUUGUUACCGAACGCCCUGAAAUAAAUAGCGAAAAUCGCAAAUCUACUCCCAAACCACCAGAUGAAGAUGUGGAAAAGGGUAAAAUGAAUAAUGGACAAAAGAAGCAGGAGCCUUUUGAUAAAGUGGCAAAUAAGGAAAAUGAUAAGACUUCGUCAUGUGUUAUCGAAUUGAAAUCGGUGUGGCUUAAUUUUGCAGCUCCACCAUGCGUGCCCAUUACGAGAAAGAUAGAUUUGACACGUUUAGACUGGAAUCUACUUAGUACCGCCUCGCCGGCCAUAACAGCAUGGAUGAAUCCUAGUAAUCGCUUGGCUAUAAAAAUUGUAGCUUUAUUAAAGGCUUUGCACUCGAGGCAAACAGCUGUUACUGCUUGUUUAAUGUCUGAUGCCUUGGAGAAUGAGAAGAUACAAAGGAACCCGAAAAUUAAGAAGAGUCGUUAUGCCAACAACUAUACUUUACUGUCGAAAACCUUGCAAGAGGAUCCAAGUUGCCAAUUAUGUUUCAUUAUGCAGAAACUAGUGCUGGAUGAUGGAGUACAAAAGGUUGAACGUAUAUUCAAACAAGGGGAUAUACCGCAUCUAAAUACCUUAAGACAGGGCAUUAUUGUUUUGAGUCGUCAGUGGAAAAAUACUCUAUACAAUCCCAUACUUUUCGAACAUCAAUAUAAAAAUAAACUAAUACGACCCAUUAAUGUGACAUUUUCAUUCCCGCAAAACGAAGAGGAAGUUGAUGAUGGCGAGUGUGAAGCUGAUAAUGAUAUGGGACCGUAUGCCGGUGUCGGAGAUAAUCCUGAAGAGAGUGAGAAUGCUUUAUUACUUGGGCAAACACAGCAUCAUCGAACUCAUAUUGACUCGACACAAUUUGGUUUGGGUUUUACUACAGAUGAUGUAUUACAUGGAGCACAUAGGUCCACAUCUACAUCACCCAAUAUACAUCUAACAAGAAAAGGAAAAAGUAUUGGCAAAGGUUCCCAAUAUUCUCAUGGUAACUCUUCCCGUUCUAGCAUACAAAUGCUGCCCAUUAUAUCGGGUUUAGUGGAUAAACAAGUGGCUGAAAUAGAAUAUGGUGCUCUUCAGGAGGGUUCUUUAAGUUCUACCAAUUCGGUGAAUAAAUUCUGGUUGGGUAGUGAUAAUCAAAAAGAGGAUUUAUACUUUUGGAUGGCUAAACAACAGGAUAAUAAUAAAAAAAAAGAUAACUUUGCUAAGGAGGAAAUUUUGAGACCUACACCGGUGAAUAAAAUAACUGGACAAACACAAUCACGUCAAGGCAUUAUGCAGGAUUCUAUAAAACUAUUAGAUGCUCAUUUGAUCUUUGAACCCUUGCUCACCUGUUUAGGUGUUAUGCCGCAACAAAUGGUCAAUAAAUUUCAAAAUGCUGAUAUUUCUUCUUUGGAAAACUUUGGAACAAAUCUUUCGCUUAUCGGCACCUUUGACUCCAUAAGAGUUGACAUAGUUGUCUCUGAGGCGGGAGAUAAAAACAAAAAUAAACCCACUAAACUACCAAGUAAAAAGUCGAAUGGUCGUCCCUCCAUAAUGAUGGAUACACCAUUAUUUUUGUGCGAACGUGUGGGCAUAGAACUAGAAGUACUAAAAAUGUCUGAUGGCAUGGUCGAUCAAGCCAGACAAAAUGUUAUUUAUAUGUCAAGACGCCAAUUAAAGAAACACACUAGUACGGUUAUAAAUUUUUCCAUAAAUAUAAGAUUUAUAUCACAACAGGUUAAUAUGCCCUUAUUAAGAUUGUUACAUCAAAUUACGAAUAUGUAUCAAAAUGUCAAAGAUGCUCAGCAAGAAUUCCAUGAUCAACCGGAUAUAAGUAAGAAAUCUAAUGCCAAGGAUGAAUACAGUUUGGCCUCCGAACCAAAUGAUAUCAUGCCUUUCGGGUCCGUAUCCGAUCGUUUUGCUCACAAUGAAAAUUCCUCAGAUGAACGUUAUGAUAAAUUCAAUGAAAUGAUGACCAUGAAUCAUAAUUCCUCAGGCAAAAUGCGUGGUACCUCAGGCUUAGGACCCCUAAUACAAUUAACACCCUCGCCUAGUGCCAAAAAUCGUCCACAAUCGUUUGCUCAAAAACUAAGAUCAACUGGUAAAUCAGUCAAAGGCAAACUGGGCUAUACAAAUCUCAAUGAGUCGAGCUCCUCGCCUUUGCGUGACAGUCCCACGACAUCAGUAUCCGAACAUCACAUGUUUAAAAUGUCUUUAGAAUCCAAGGCUUCCUUGAAUGGCGCCUGUGCCACUAGUGUUAGUGGUGAUUAUAAUACCAUAACUAAAAAUGGUUUUAAUAAUCUUAUACCUCCUCUACUGGAAACACCAAAUUGCUGGAAAACUAUUUAUCAUUUAUUGGAAUUAUAUGGUACUAUGCCGGAGACUAAAACCGUACAACAGCGUAUUUCUUUGACAAAUGAAAAGAAAGCUUUUAACUAUAAUCGUCAAGAUACCCGUAAUGAUGAUGAUGAUUUGACUAGUGCUCCUACACCACUGCCUCAACAUAAGGAGCUAUUUGAUAGUAUAUCACAGGAAAGGACUCGCCUUAUAGUGUUUGGUGUGGCUAAAAUACAUAAAACACGUUUGCUAGCCACUUUAAGUGGUUUGAAAUUGGAGGCGGAAAUUACUACUCUCAAUGGUUCGGCUACUUGGCGUAAAAAGGCUAGACCAGUGUCUUUGGAGUGUUCUUUGACUGGGCAAGUGGGUAGAGCCAUGAUUGUGUUGUUAGAAGGCGUGGCACCAAAUCAACAAACUGUUGUCAAAGUUACCAUAGGCAAAAGUCAAACUCUAUACUCUAGUCUCACAAAAAGAGGACGUGACAAAAAUAGUGGUCUGCUAUCUAUAGGGCCAGUUAAUAUAGAUAUACCCCAACAUCCGGUGGCUUUACAUGGCAUGAUGACUAGAUCCUCCAAACAAUUGUCAUCGACAUUGCAGGAAUUGCGUGUGGGACGUAAUUCGGGACGCACCACCUCUCGUUCGCAUAAUUUAGAUGAACCAGAAUCACCUUUCCAUUCACGUAACUCUGGCUCGAAUAUGGAUUCCAAGGAAAAGCCACAGCAGCAAAAUCGUAAAUACAAUACACAAACCAAACAGCAAUCACAACAAAAUGGCUUAUUACAGCCUUUGGUCAUGCAAUUUAAUGUGCUGUUGCAAUCACUAUCCAUAAAUGCAGCCUUGUUGCCUUCUUUGCAAGCUCAAUAUCGUAUGAAUCAUGUUAGCUCUACGGGAGUAUCAGGAAAUCGUGCUAAAUUUGUUAUUGACCUACCAACGCAUACACUGAGUUUUAAUACUAAAAUUCAGGUGAGGAAUGAAAUGAAUUUACCUUCGGAAGCCUGUAUAGCUUUGCCUCCCGUACAUGUCAGUGCUGAAUAUGUGCCCGAACAUAGACAAGAAGAUAAUGAUCAUGUAGAGGGUGUAGUAUUAAGACAAGGAGGUUAUGUCAAUGCCUCUGCCGAAAUAGGAGAAUUUGAACGUUGCUUAACUACCGAUUUACUUAAUCAUUUGGUUUUUGUGCAAAAAGUAUUUAUGCGGGAAAUAAAUGAAGUCUUACAAAAAGUCUAUGGUGGCGAGAAACCAGUACCGCUGUGGUCAGAGGACAGUGAUAGUGGUAGUGUUCAGGAAUCAAGUCUAAAACGUAUACUCUUUUCCAUUAACAUUUCCAUGAAACGUAUACAAUUGACGGCCACUACGCCCUGCAAUUCAGCCGUACGUUUUGAGACAGGCACUUUAGAGUUACAUCUCUCCAAUCGUGUUAAGAAUUUGGGUGAGGGUAAUGAUCGCAAAAUGUUUGGCAAGGCUCAUAUAGAUUUCAAUUUAUCACUGGGUCAAUUGAUACGUAACGUUAUAUUUGAUGAGGCCGAGCCAGAGUUCCAACAAUAUGCGUUUUUUCAUACAACUAUCGGUUUGCGUAAUGCAUUCCAAGAUGAAUUACUUAACGAAGAUAAAGAAUUGAUAUUGUUAACGUUAAAACGUCCUUUGGUAUACAUUCAACCGAUAGCUGUUGAUAAGGCCAUAUUAGUGUGGUUGAACUAUAAAAAUGCGUAUGAAUAUUGGGCAGAGAAACGGGCGAAUUUGAGUUAUGAAAAUGCUCAACAGACCCAGCAGCAGGUUUUCGAUAGGGUAGCAUUUGGUCAAUUUAGCAAUAUAGCUGGUUCCAAUUUAUCUACCUUAUUUUUGCAAUUAACGGUAGAGGAUAUGGGUAUUUGUUUGCCCUUAAAUCAAGUGGCCAAUUCUUGGGGUUCUCGCUCAUAUCAAGACUUCGAACCUAAAGGUGCUGUUGUCAUAACAUUAGAGAAUACCAUAAUAUCGGCUUGUAACUCGGGCUCCUUGGUUUCUAAGGGGAAAUUCCAAGGUCUAUGUUUACGUUUUGCCGAUGACUUUGAGACAACUCUAGAUGAUUGGAAACCCAAUCACAAUGAGCCCAUUAUGAAUGUGUGUGUAGUAUCGGAAGGUACCUAUGAAGUAUGUUCUCGUACCACGGCUGCCAAGAAAAUGGAAAAUGCCAAAUGGUUGCUAAAUGUUAAGUGGCAAAUGGAAGGUGUUGAUAUACAUUUGGAUAUAAACAUAGGCAAACAUUUGUCGUCUUUGGGUCACACUUUAACCAUGUUGACCGGGUUUGAAGAGGAAGAAACCAAUUUAGAAUCACCCGAUAGUGAUGAAGGUGAACAGGCUACACGAGAUACAUUCGGACGUAGAAGAGAAUUUGAAAAUUUACCAUCAUUUGUUUUCGAUCCUACGAUUGACUCUAAAAAGCGAUCAUUUAUGAUGGAAAAGGAAAUGGCAGAACAGUUGAAGAUUAUUAAUGAUUUGCGUACGUUAGGGGCUACACACAAUACCAUAGCCCAUGAGGAGAGAAGAUUGCAGGAGCUGCAGGCCAUAUGCUAUAAAUACUUUAGACGUGAUAUGAUACAGAAAUGGCGUAGACCUUCGAUGAGGCGAAGCAUGCGUACCUCACAAAGAUCCAUAUCAUUUAUAGGUUCUCAUCGUGAUCAUAUCGAAGAUGGCAUAGCCACUUAUUCAGGCAGACGUUUAGAUCCUAUAGCCUCAAAUGAUGAAAUUUCUAGUUUACAAUCUACUCCGGUUUCAGGACAUUCGAGAAGUGCUUCUUUGAAAACUAAUCCUGCAAAUCGUGUUACUUUCUCCGAGACCAUGAGACAAACAUCAUUGCCCAAUAAUGCGGACAGUGAUGAUGAACCGCAAAGCACUAAUUCACAGGAGGCACCCACAGAUACGCCUCCCAGUGAAAUUGAUAUAGACGGCACCUCGGUGGAAAUGAGAAGAAAACAUCAGUAUCAGCAGAAACAACAAGAACCCAAUAUAGAUUUUGAAUUGGAUAUCAAAGUGUUGGUUAAUUCGGGCAAAUGCGUUUUACACACCAAGGAAACUACGGAUGAUAAGUUGUUUGUUAGUGGUCCCACCAGCGUGAAAACCCACAAGAGAGAACGUAGCAUAGGCUAUGACUGGGGCAGUCCUACACCCUCCCGAAGGCAAAGAGAUAAAAGUAAAUUGCGCUACAAUCCCUCCAAUGCAGCCAUGUUAUCGGAUUUGACUAUAUUCCAUAUACCCGGCUUAGAUGUGAAACUUCAUUAUCAGUCCAAGACAGUGGAGAACAUCAUUGAGGUGAAUCGCAGCACCAGUACAGAUAGUCACCAUUCUACUUUUUCGGGAGCCAACAGAAGAAUGAGUUCAAAACGUGCGGCUUUAUUUGCCUGGAUGACUUUGCAAUCUAUACCAGAGGAAACCAUUAUUUCACCUCAUAUUUUGGAAUUUUUAGAGCAAACCUUAGAACCCAUACCCACAAAGGCGGAACAGAGCAGCGGUUCACAAACGCCCUCUAAUAAUCCAGUUAAUUUGGAUAUUUUGCCGGCUAACUAUGUGACAUAUGCCUCUUUCCCAGUGGAUGUUAUUGUUUACUUUCACAUGCAGCCCUCAACAUUUAGAUUUUCUUGUUUACCCGUUUCCAGAGUGGAAUGUAUGUUACAAUUGCCCAGUUUGGAUAUUGUGUUCUCUUCUAAAAGAUCUGCUGAUGAGGACAACCAAAAUCCAUUGGAACCGAAUAAUGCCAAUACUUCGACGACAACGGGAGAAAAAGAUAAAGAUAAAACUCCUCAAGGUGGACUCAGUGUUACCGGUUGUUUGGCGGACUUUAAUGUUUACAUAUUCCAUCCUUAUGGUGGCAAGAAAACUAAUAUAAAGGAGGCCCAAUUCUCACCCCUAACCGAUUCGGAACGUAAAGAUUCUUUAUCCAUCAAUGUGGAAUUUGUAAAAUUCCACAUAACUAGAUGUCGCAAAGUUUACAUAGAACCUUCCACUACUUCCUCGGCGAAAAGACCCAUGGACCAGUCUAAAGCUGUAGUGAGAUUCUCUACCAUAGUGGAUAUAGGCAGUGCCUCGUUUAAGUACGAUAUGCGUCGUCUAACAGAAAUAUUAGCCUUCCCUAAGGCCUGGUAUCGCAGAAGAAUAGUAAGACGUUUAUUUUUGGGCGACUUAAGUGUUCAACAGUCUAAUGAUACCGAACACAACUUGGGUACUCCUACCACACCCAAAGAUGGCACUAGAACUAAAACACCUGAUACCACCAAAUCACCAGCAGACGCAUUUUACACUAGAGAUAAAUUGAAAUUAAACUUUGAUAGUAAUAAUCAAACUACACCCACUUCCUCAACGGGAGCUACUCGCAAACUUAAGAAUUUGGGCAAAUCAUCUAGUAAUGAGUCUUCUAGUACGCCUCCCUCGGAGAAAAAUCAAAUCACAGCCUGGGAAACAUUAGUACUCUUUGCGGUAAAUUUCACUAAACUCAAUGUACAAAUGAACAUGGGUAAUGUUAUGGGCAAUGUGGUGUGGCUCACGAAAGAUUUUCAGUCUGAUGGCCGCUUGUCUAUAGGCAGUACUGGUUACAAAAAUAUGUAUAUAGGCAUCUAUUUGGGUGGUUCCUCGCUAGAUGCCAAGGGCGGCAUAGUGGGUGGUAGUUUUGAAGUGAACAAAAUCAAUACACGUUUCCAUAUUAAAGAAGAAUCCGGAGUAGAGCCUUAUCAUACCAUGGGUUUAAGUUUUAUGGCUUUGGAAUUGAGAUUAGAUUAUAUGGGCACUUCAGUGUUAAUGACGCGCAUUAGCUCCUUCUCAGCUGCCAUGAAAGAUGAAUGGAAAACUUCACUGCAACAGCAGGGAGGAGAUAUUUCACCCCCCCACGAUAAUACCGCACCAAAGGCCAUUAUUUUUAUACAUGGUGAUUUAUCAUGGGAUCAACUACAAAUUAUGAUUUCCAAAUCCACCACUGCCGAUCUACUGAAAAUGUACUACAAACUAGAGGAAUUUUUCACCCAACAAUUUAAAUCUUCUAAGCGAGUUUUCUCCAGCCUCGAACCUCGCUUGCAUGAACGUAAUGCCAGUAUGAAACGUAGACAAAGGCGGGAACACAAGAAAUCUAUUAACGGUGCCUCUGAGGCAUGUGGUGUUGAUUUGAGUAACACUGACGCCAGACACCAUAGACAUUGGCAGAAGCCUCUGGAAAUGGUAGCUGGUCUGGUUGUACCCACUUUGGUAACACGUCUACCCCGCAAUGGCAAUGUUUUGGGUGGUUCUGUGGAAUUACAUGGCAAUAACAUUUCUUUGGCUUGUUUCCACGGCAUUAACUUCAAAUCCAAAUCUUGGGCUUUAUUCAGUUUAAAAUCUCCUUUCAUUAACUUUACCACAGAGGCUCAUCAAGAUUCGAAUAGUCGAGAAGUGUUUGUGACACAAACACUGACCUCUUGUUUGGGUCAGACAACGGAGGUGCAGCAACAAAAUCAUUCAAUGGCCAUUGUUAGUCGUAUAACUAGGAAUAUUGUGUUUCCUCCACAAUUUAAGACGCUUAAUGAAUGGUUUCAUUACGCUUUUGCGAAUAGUGAAAUUGAUGCUGUUGACCGUUUCCCCAUUUUGGAAUGUGAUAGAGAGAUUGCUUCAAAUUCAAUAGAACGAGCCAGAGGAGCAAGUUCUACUAGUUCCAGCAAAUCUCAAGAUCGUGAGGUAAUCUUUGCUUUACCCAGUCUGCAUUUACAUUUUAAAACGGAACACAAGCAAGGCCCAACCACACCUCUGCAAACAGCAGAUACUAAACCCGAAGUUGUCUGUAGUUUUACUACAGAAUUUGAUGAUCACAUAUUUGUUACAGUGGAUGCAGAUGCUUUCUUCUUUUUGCAUGAUUUAAUAACAUCCUACGUCAAGGAAAAAGAAAAGGUGGUUGGAGCCCAAUCAGCACGAGCUGCCUCACCCAAUUUAUCACAAAAUAUAAGACAUCAGCUGAAACCUUAUGUUAGUGAAGAAAUGACAAAAGAACAACACAUGCAGCAGCAGCAGCAACAACAACAAUCAUCUACCACUUCGUCAGCUUCGAAUACUCUCUCAUCGAAACAUGCCAGCUCACAAAAUUUGGAUGUUAAUCAACUAACAGCAAACAUGACAACAUCAUCCACACACUUGACUAAUAGUAAUCAUAAUCUAAACAACGAUACCAAAGACUCUUCCUCGAAAACAUCAUCUAACAUUAACAUCAAUUCACAAAAUAACAGCAAUACAAAUAUCACAGCAAACAAUGCUAGUGCUAAUGACAGCAAACCUGCCUCUAAUAAUCAAGGAGCCACAGCGUCUGCAAAUAAUCCGGCCGAAGACGAUAAUGAUUUAGAAUCCUUCUUUAGAGAUUGGAGACAUUUUGAAUGUCAAACUUGGCAUUUAGAGCCGACUGUAAGAAUUCUUUAUUGGGCUGGCAAAUCCAUAGAACCCUAUGGCAUCGAUUAUAUACUCAAUAAAUUGGGCUUUAGUCAUGCCCGCACUACCAUACCGAAAUGGUUGCAACGCGGUUUUAUGGAUCCUUUGGAUAAAGUGCAAGCAUUGAUGAUGUUGCAAUUACUAAGCAUUAUACGUGAGAAUAAACAAGAGCCUGCAAUAAAAAAUAAUAAAAAUUCGAAUUAAUUAAGAUAAUAAAAACAACUGCAUAUUUUUAAAGCUUCAAGUAGUCUCAAUAAUCAAUAUCAAUCAAUAUUGUAGUGGCAAUUAUUUAAAGUACAUAAACACUUACAUAAACAAUUAUAAUUAAAAACAAAUAAUAAUCUUAUGGCAAUAUAUUUCUUAGACUCUCUCUCUCUCUCUUUCUAUCUAACUAUUUAUGUAUUACUCUCUCCUAGUGUUUUGUAACUGAAGCCUAUAACAUUUCAAAUUCAUGCUUAACACUUCAUACACAUCUAGCUUAUCAUCUAUCAUCUAACUAUCGCAGAGAGAACUAAAUUAAAGAAUUAAAAAAAUACAAAAAUAUUUAACUUUUCUACUUUGAUAUCAUUUCAAAAUACUCAAAGUAUUAGUAGAAAAAUUAUACAAUUUAUACUUAUAUUCUAUAUGCUAAAAUUUUAAAAUUAAUUAGCGAAAAUUUUACAACAAAAAAAAAAAUAUUUUGUUUUCUUUUAAAUAUGGCAUUUCAUUUUUCGUUUCA